AUGCUUCAUGCUAACACCAUUUACAGCCACACCAAGGCGGAGUGCACCAAGCCUCGUGUGUUCAAAGGUCCCUGUCGUAUCUGUAACCAGGAGGGCCAUCCGGCUGCUGAAUGCCCGGAAAGACCCCCUGAUGUGUGCAAGAAUUGCAAAAUGGAAGGCCACAAGACGUUGGACUGUACCGAGAACCGCAAGUUUGACUUGAACAACAUCCCGGACAAGCUUCCCGAAGAAGCGUGGGCCGUUCUCAAGAAGGCCAGUGACGAAAAGGAUCUUGAGGAUUUCCGUGAAGGUCUCAAAGUUUACUCCAAGGCGGUUCCUGUUGCUACUUUCUUGGAUAUCGAGAAGAAAAUGCGCGAAGAGAACUUCAAGUUUUACCUCAUCGCUAUGGAGAAGCCACAUGGCGACAGUAUCAGCCUUAUCAACCUGCAGGGCAAGCUGAACUGCAAGUACGUGGUUGGGUUUUACUUCAGCGCCAAGCCGCAGCGUGCGAAUCUUAGAGAGCGCUGGCCGGAAUCCGUCGAAGAGAACCUCGAGCGUCUUGAGGAUGCUGGUCUUCCCUAUGACCGUCAGAUCCCCAAGUGUGCGAACUGCGGUGCAGAAAUGGGCCACACUGCGCGCGGCUGCAAAGAAGACCGUGCGCCUAUUGAGCGUGUUGAAGUGAAGUGCGUUAACUGUAGUGCCGUCGGACACCGUGCUCGUGACUGCACCGAGGCUCGCGUCGACAGAUAUGCUUGCCGCAACUGCGGGUAA